AACAAGCCACAGAAAAGCAUCACCGUAGAAUCGCGAAAGUGUAUCACCUCAGGAAUCACAAUGGCGCCUGACUUUUAUCACGCUUGGUUCAACGCGAUUUUUCCUCACAUUUUUCAAGAUUUCCACGACAGUUCAACCUUAUGUCGGCUGCACAGGUGAACGGGGAGCAGCUGGGGACAAGCAGCACCCAGGAACACAACGAGAGGUCCCACUGCACCCUGCUGUCGCUCCUCACCCAGUGGUCCAAUCCGAGUGACCCCUGUGUGGCCAGCAGGAGGGUCUUAGAGGUCAUCAGAUCCCAACAGGUGCUGCCCUUGUGGUCACCUGAGGGAGGGGAGCUGCUGCUGAAACAUGUGGCCCAGGCCGUCAAGUCAAAAUCACCAGGCAUUCUGAGUCUACUGGAGCUGCUGCAGGAGUAUGCCAGGUUUCAACAGCUGCAGGAAGAUGAGGAGGAGGAGGAGGAAGAGGAGGAGGGGAGGGAAAGUUCCAUCACUCCCUAUGUUGUGAAGGGAUACGCACUUCUCUGCCUCUUCCUGACGGGGGAGGUGACAGAGGGAGACAUCAGUGGUGGUGGUGGUGGUGGUGAGGGACAAUUCAACUGUAUGGAUUUCGUGAGAAGGCUGACGUUUUUCUUCAAGAUGCUGCUGGAGUGCUCAAGGGCGUCAGUCCUGAGACACUCCUGCUUGGUGGGGAGGAGCCAGCUGAGGGUGGUGGUGGACGGCAGGCUGGCCAUCUUCCAACGCCGCAAUGUGCUCAAGGACCUCAAUGAACUCCUCAUCCAAAUGAACUCUGCUGGGCGCUACGUGUUUCGCCAGGAGUGUGACGCCUUGUUCAUGAAGGUGCCACGGCUGCUGGAGGAGGUGGGGGACUACGACAUGCAGGCCAGCUUGGUGGAGCUCAUAUACAGAAUGACUUCCUCAGCUGACAGGAAGCGCUACAUCACACGCUGCUUCCCUGAGCUUGAUUGCACCAUCCAGAGUCUCUUCCUCACCAUCACGGAGUUUGACCCUCACUGCCGUCGCUUCCUCAACGCAUACAACUCAUCGCUGGGGAGCCGCCGCAAGGUGCACACCAUCCCCUGUCACGAGGCGUUCAUCGGCAGGCUGAGGCUGUGCAAACCUAAGAGCCAGAGUUACCCGAUGUUCUGGGUGGACUUCAACCUGGGCUACCCGUCCGUCCUGGUCACCUGCCAGCUGGAGGGCCAGGCUGAGGUGAACAACCUGUGGGAGUGCCUGUUCCUGAUACCAGAGGAGGUGCAGCGUAUCACCCUGACCCGACACAUGCACACCUACACCCUGGAGAUAGAGUACAGCAGCGUGGAGGAGGUGGAGGAUCUCUUCUCCUCGCCCCUCAGCAGGGAGAGUCGUGCCCUGCUCUCCAACUUGGUGUUCUUUGAGUUCUCACCACUGCAGAUCCUGGAGGAAGUGUGCACCCACAUCUUUAGGAGCAAGCUGAUGGUUAUUAAUUUGGAGCCAAAGGGAUGGAAGGUAAACGAGCAGGGGAAGGGACAGACAGGCGCCACCUCCAGCUCCUCCUACACCCAAGCAAGGAAGAGCUCCGGUGCCUUCAGUAAUGUGGAAAUAGAGCUUGACACCCCCUCGGCCACUGGAUCUGCUGCUUAUAAUGGAGUGGCUGCUCUGCCCUUGACCUCCACACAGUCCACCAUCACUGCCUCCCAGAAGAAGAAGACCUCAGCAGUGUCCAUAGAGUGUGAAGAUUAUGAGGUGGUGGAGGAACUGCACUCUAAACUUAUCAAUGGUCACACCAAGCCACACAAACCAGUAUCAAGCACCAGGCAACGGAAAGGAUCAGAAGUCCUCCUGGAUAUGGAACUAAGUGACAUGGCUGAGACAGGCGACAAGGAGGCAAACAGAACUCUCCCCAUUGAUGACGACAAUGAGACAGCACACCAGAAGACCAGUAAGGGCAAGGGAAAGGUGAAAACCAGCACUAGGGGCAAGCAAAGCAAAGGAAAGCCUGGCCUUGUGAGGUGCUCGACCAGCUCAUCUCCACAUUCAUCUCAAGUGUCACCACAUUUCUACAAGCCACUUAAUUUCACAUCACCUCGUCCUGGAGCUGCUGUGUUGAGAGAUAGAACUCCACGUAAAGGAAAGACUUCAGGCAAAGAUACUGAUGUCACAUGCAAUGAGGAGAAUGAAGAUCAACCAACGCCAACAAUCAAGAGGAACAAACAUCAGAGCACUAAGCCUGGCACAAAGGAAGGUGAGGUGCAAAAGCCUGCCCAGCCUGAUUUAAAACAUAAGGUGCAGCAAGAGGAGGCUGUGGAGGAGGUUAGUGUAAUCCUCCCAAGCUCUGAGGAGUCCUUGGUAAUGGCUAAGAUCACAAAGAAGGCCAUUACUGCUGCUAAUGCAAGUAGUGCCCAUGGUGUUCACUCAGAGGCCUGGAAUGCUGAGCGGGAUCCUGGUUCUCAUGCUAAGGUUACAGAAACACCACCUUGUAUUGAAGAGAAAACAAAAGCAUCACCUUGCAUAAGAAACAAAACAAAAGCACCCCCUUCUCACUUAACAAAGAUGAAGACACAUUCUUUCAUGAAGCACAAAAUGAAAACCCCUUCUUGCUCAGAAAAUGAGAUGGAAACUAACAAUUUUUCAGGCUUUAAUGAUUCAGGCAUUUACACAGAGCCUUCAGAUCGACAAACUAGCACAACAGUAGAAAAGGAAUCAAAGGGAAUGAAAAAAGGCACUCGUAGAAGCUCCUUUAGAAAUGAGUUAGUCACCAAUAACACACAAGUGGGGCAGGAAGCAAGGGUGGUUAAGAAACAAACCUCCAAAAGACCCUCUCAAGAGUUGAAGUCAGUCAGUGAUGUACCAAGCAAGGGAAACAUCAAGGACAAGGCAGGAAGUACAAAGGAUGCUGAGACAAGUCCUACAUCUCCAGCAAUCCUCAGCAGGACUCCAGAUAAAGCAGAUCCUACCCAGAUAGAGGAAGAAAAUGUCACAUCACAGGAAGCAGAUCUUGCAUUUAACAUCAAGUCAAACAUUGUCAAGCUGAAUGAAGUGGAAGCCGUACAGCUAAUCGUAUCAGAAUCUCCAGAAGUUGAACCACACCUGAAGCCUCUGAGCCAUGCACAGAACAAAGAAUACAGUGCAAAAACAAUUAUAACAAACCACACUCAUGACAUGCCAGAUUGUACUAAGCGAACUGAAACAGGAUCUCUGCAAGUCAAGCCCCACACUUCUCAGCCAGUAAGCCAUACACAUGAUAAACAUGACUACAUGAAGCCAGAUACAAGUCCUGCAAUCAUAGCAGAUAAUGGAUUAAGACAUGAAACACACACUGAGGAAGACACUGUGCAUUCUAACCUUGCAUUACUGAAGGAGUCCCCGAUACCUUCAGGGCAAGUGUAUGAUGAAGAGCUCUUUGAUUCAGACCCCAUUGAUGAAGACACAGAGGAUACGACACAGCCUUUCGUUGAACCAGUAGUGAUAGCAGCAGUAACAGCACCAGCAAUAGCACCAGUGAUGACACCAGUGACAGCACCAGUGAUGGCACCAGUGACAGCACCAGCAAUAGCACCAGUGACAGCACCAGCAAUAGCACUAGCACAGAGUCCCUCACCUUCACCUCAAGACAAGCAGUUGCCAGUCACAGGCAGUUUUGUCCCCAAGGAUGUGGGUGGUCAAUGCACUUCUCACACUCCACAGGAAACUACACAGAUGGAAUUUUCUAAGCACAAGCCUGUACCAAAAACAGCAGAACCCCCAUCACAGCAGAAAGAAAGCGUGCAAGCUGCAGCCAGCGACACCCAAAAUUUGAGCCCAAUCAUGGGAGACUUACAGAAGUUAAAGAUGUCUCCUUUCCUGAAUUUGGCAAUGGUGGAAGUGGUCACGUAUCCUCAGUACACAGACGCUCGUGGUGCCAUGAACAGUGGCCCUCAGGCAGCACCAGGAGGGGGAGGGGAGACAUCUGUUAUGGGAAUGGAUAGACAGGUGGAAGAGAAUGCUGAGGUGUCUGUUAUGGAAAGGGAUACACAGGUAAAAGAGAAUGCUGAUGAAACUUCCAUAGGGUCAGAAAAGAUGCAGCAUAGACCAGAGGAGGUGACAUCUCUCAAAAAAGAGGACAAGUUGGUAGAAGAAAGUGCAGACAAGACUAGCAGUAGAUCAGUUACCAGUGGUCUGAGUGAAAAUAGUAAUGUGUCAAAUGAUGGCCCAGAAUUGAUAACACAAAAUGUACUUAACUUUGACAGCAUCUGUGAGGAUAUAAAGAGAUCCAGUGAUAAGUCAGUCAUGAAAAAGCUUGAAAGUCCUCUUCUAGACCACCAAGAACAGCGUGCAAAGAAAGGAACACCACACAAAAAUAACAGAGGUAGAAAACGCACAACCAGAAACACAAGAGGGAAGGAACAGCAAAUGUCCUAUCCUAUACUGAUCAGCCAGAGAGCAGCAUCACCAAUCAACAGACUAAGCACCAGCAGGAUUAGGAAUAAACGUAAGCUUUUUGACCCCAGCGCCCAAUCCAGCGUGGUAGUGAGCCCCCCUCAGCCCCACGUGGAGGAGAAAAGACAGAAGACACUUGACACUAAUCAGAAUAUGGCCAAUAUUUCAACUACAGCCAGUGGAGAGUUCAAACACAAUUCCGGUGACUCACUCUUGCAGUAUGACAGGAACAAGAUGACAAACAAGAUAGAGACACACAGCUCUGGGAAAAAAUGCAGAGUCUCAAGGGACAAGAGUUAUGACCGAGGAUUCAGUGGAAGCAAAGCUAAAUCAGAGAAUAAACCACCUCCUAGAAGAGCAAGUGGGUUCCUGGAGGAGUCUGAGGUAGAGGAGCCACAUUCCAUCUACUCAGACCUUGAGUCGAGUCCUAAUAAGCAAGUGGAUGUCUGGUUCCUGCAUAGGAUUGAAAAGAUCAAGCAUCACAAAGUGACGUACAGCAACACCUCCAGCAGAAGGCUAUCAUUUAAGGAAGAGAGGGAGCACACAGUGAAUAAGAGGAAAUACAGCACAGAAGAUGACAAAAAUAACUCAAAUAACUCAUCAUCAGACAUUGAGAGGCUCUCACAUGAUAACAGAUUCAGAAACCCACCAAAGAGUCCCUUGUCAGGCUUUACUACAUCCAAAGAUACCUCGGAAAAUUCCCACGCCUACAGCUUACCAAUUGACAGUCCCAAGAGGAAAGGCAGGAACAGAGAGACCUCUGCACUGGUGUUGAAAAGCACCUCCACCUCAGAGGUAAGCCUGACCAGCAGUCACGAUGAGUGGGAGCCACCGUCCAGCAAGAAAAAGAAAAGUUUAUCAAAGAAGGAAGACACCAAACAUGCCAGAAGCAGGAGAAGGACAGGGAAGAAGCAAAUCUGCUUGAAAGAUGGUAACUCUCUGGAUGAUUCAUUGAUGCAAAUGAACUCCAAGACCUUCACUAGUUCAUCCAUUCUGGCAGACCACUCAGAUCUGCACGAAUCCUCUGCCGAAGCUCUCCGUCAUACCAGCAGGAGUUCAGUGGACUCUGGCACAUCAAAUUUUGUAAACUUCAAACUUGCUGCAUCCAAGGGGAAGGCAACUAGAAUGGAAAAUGCAAGAACAGAGGGUGAGGUGGAUGCCAGAUACCCUUCAGCUUUACCUCAGACAUCGAAGCCAUUCUCCCCGAAACCUCAGAAAUCAGAGCCCCAGGCGUCCUCACCAGUGCAGGAGAGCCCAGCCACUCAGGUGUCCACACCUGUGCUCUUCCUCGAGUCACCGGCGCUUCAGGUGUUGUCACUACCACCUCAGGAAGACUCCCCCGGCCAGGAGCGUGAGCUGAGCAUCCCUCAUGCAACUGACAGUCAACAGAAUGACAUUGAAACUAGCCAACUUGAGCUGCAAGACAACCAGAUGCCAAGCACACACCGCAGCACCAGUACUUUCGACCCCAAAACAACCCAGGUUACAGUGACAACAGCAGCAGCCCUAGCACAAGCAUCAACUCAGCCAUUUAGAGCAGGUAGCACUCCACAGUCACCACAGUACCCAUCCCAUCUCAGCACCAUGGACAUCAGCGCAAUACUCAUCCCAGGAUCAGACACGCAGGCACCACCAUCAGGGCCCCUUCAGAGUACAAUGCUCGACAACCUCCUCGGCAAGACCACAAGCCCUGUUCCAAAGUUCAGCUAUGUCUCAGAAGCUGAGGCGUCCUACAUUGAAAAAGAACAUGGUGUCAGAGGCAAAGAUUCAGCCUCACACAAGUCACCUUCCUCCAACGACCCAGUCAAGGCUGAGCUGAGGUAUGACAGGGACCAGACACCAUCCUUAGUUACCAUCACAACCACAGCAGAAGUCCACCAGGCAGAUACAGCACUAGAUGAACCAGUGAACCACUCAGGUACUGCUUCACCCAGGCAAACACAAACACCAGGGAGGAACCAACAGAUUGAAACUCCAUCUCAUCCAUCAGAAGCAUUCAGGAACGAAGUGAGGGAGCAGGAGAGACCUCAGACAAACCCACCACGCAUCCAGCCUUCACUCAUCCAGCCAGUUGCCCCAACAGCCAAGGUUCCCCCUCAAUCUGCCAGCUCAGGUUUCAGCAGUAGAAAGUACAGGCAGCUCCUCCAGACCCCUCAGCAGACACCAUUAUCAAGACACGAGUCACCAGUCCACCCACAGUCCAGGAAUCUGUUUGGAGCCGUGAGAGGAGGGGCAGCAGUUGAGGAGGAGAGGAGCCGCCUUGGUGCACGCAGGAUGGACAUGAUGGCAGCAGUGUUGGCAGUGCAGGCUGACUUGGAGAGAGUAUCUGGUUCCUUUUAUAGACUCGCCCACACACUUGGCACUGCAUUGACAUUCUUCGCAGAGCACUGCAGUAAUGGAGAGCCCCCUUAGCUGCCCUUGCUGACCACCACAGAUUUUUUGUUUGGAGGGUAAAAAACCAAUGCUGGGGUGUGUUUUUUUUGUCAGGCUAGGUAGGUUAUGCGAUAUAUAUACUUUUUUGUCUUUCCCGUUUACAUUAUUUGCUUUCUUUGUGGUGUUUAUGAUCAAGCAGUUAUGUAAUAAUGGAGGCAGUUGAUAGGAAAAGGAAGGACAUUAACAACAUGUUACAAGUAAAACAAAAACGAUCAAGCAGUUAGUUAUGUAAUAAUAGAGGCAGUUGAUAGGAAAAGGAAGAAGGACAUUAACAACAUGUUACAAGUAAAACAAAAACAAGUAGAGGAAGGAGGAAACUUUCAAGACUAGCGAGUUCGGUGUAGAGGAUUCAUCUUAAUAAUGGCGGGGAUGACAUACAAAAAAAAAUAGAGGGGCCUAGUAAGAAUAAUCAUUUUACUCUCCAAUUAGGUGACGAUUUAUUUGACGAAUGUAUAUACUUUUUUGCUUUUUGUUAACGGGCUACACUAACGUGUACCACAUUCCUGUUGAAAGUUGAUGCAGCAUAGUUUUUAUAUAUAUUAGCUAGUUUAUUUGCAACAGGCGACCCAGGGUUUUUUUUUUAUUAGCUAGUUUAGUUGAAGAUAAAAGUUCCGUAGGAUCCAUACAUGCUACAUAAUUCGAGACUUGCAUUCUUCAUACUAAAUAAUAAAGGUUUAUUCUUUUAACCCACACGUCUCCAUUUCUUACCUCAAAGUGUCUCCGGAAAAUACCAAUAAAGGGCGUUUUAUUUUCUUAA